AUGUCAAGAUGCGACUGUUUUUGUGAAAUCGUUCAGGAGAUCGUUCAGGAAGUAAGACAGAGUUUGAUAUCAAGAUCGAUGGAGAUAUUGAGUUUGCCAUUCAAGAAGCGGUUCUCAUGGAAUGAGGGAAACAGAUCUCUUCACGGUUUUAGGGCUAAUGGAAAAAGAGAAGAGUUGGACAAUUCAUCAAAGGGCAAACAAUGUUUUGAGUGCAAAGGUUUUGGACAUGUACGUUUGGAAUGUGCGAAUUUGCUGAAGCAAAAGAAGAAGAGAUUUAUCAUGAGUAAUUCUGAAAUUGACUCAGAUGAUGGUGAAGAAUUGAAGAAUUUUGUGGCGUUUACAACUUUUGAGUCUAGUUCUGCAGCAAAGUCUGGAUCAAGGUCUACAUCAGCAUCUGCAUCAGGGUCUGCAUCAGCAUCUGCAACAGGAUCUGCAAUUGGAAGUGUCAAUGAUCAAAGUGAUGACGAUGAAAGUAUCAGUGAUGAAGAGUUUCAUGAGAAUUACAAAGCCUUAUAUGAGCAUUGGCUUAAAAUAGUUGAAGAGAAUUCAGUGUUAACUAAGGAGAAACUCAAGUUAGAGGCUAAAGUCAUUGAAGUACAGAAAUAUGCUACAGAAAAAGAAGAAGAAGCAUCACAAGCCAAAGUACAACUUGAAGAAACUCAAAAGAAUUUGAGGAUGCUUAAUAAUGGCACAAAGAAGUUGGAUCAUAUUCUGAAUAUUGGCAAGAUUGAUAAGUGUGGCCUUGGAUUUGAAGGAAAACUUUCAAAAUCGGAUCCAGUGUUUGUUUAUGGUGGAAAAAUCACGUCUGGAUCAGGAAGUGUGUCAGAAACAGCAACUGUGGCAGAGACUGCGUCAGGUACAAGAACUACUACGAGAACUGGUACAGAGUCUGAUACAGGAAAAGGUAAAGAACUGCAGAGUGCACCUCAACGAAUUUUUCGACCUGUUUGCCAUCAUUGUGGUAUUGUUGGGCAUAUUAGGCCAAGGUGUUUCAGAUUAUUGAGGGAGAGAAAUCGAAUGAAGAAUGCUUAUAAUAAGAGAUUUCAUGGUCCUACAUGUUAUCAUUGUGGAGUUCAAGGGCAUAUUAAGAGGAAUUGUUUCAGAUUCAUUCGAGAAUCCAGUCAUGAAGGCUUAAGGCGCAGGAAGAUUUGGGUUAGGAAAGAUGAUUUCUAUGGAGGUGGUGGGGAGAAUGAUGAUGUGUUUCGUGAUGUUGUUUUGGAGUUAGAACUGUUGAGUUCACAAACAUAGUCAAAAAGGGGGAGAUUGAAGAUGUAGCUGCAGUCUGAUGAAGUUGUUGAAUAAGUCAAGAAGUAAAACAAGAUUUUGUCUGAUGAAGUUUCUGAAUGAUUCAAGAAGUAUGUCAAGAUGCGACUGUUUUUGUGUAAGUGUCGGUUUCUAGAAGGUUUGAGAAGAUGUGUUUGGAGCGUGUUUAGAGGAUGAAUCACAAAGGAAAAAGGACUUAAAGAGAUUUGGAAGACUUGAUGAAAGUGGAGUUUGAAGAGAAAAAGGAAAAGUAUAAAAGGAAAUUUACUUUUUCUUAUGGAAAUUGGAAAUCUUCUCCUAUGGUGAUUAGGAAAUCGUUUUGGCUAUAUAUGGAGGAGCUGAGGACGUCUUGGAGAAGGAAGAGAGCUGAGACAUAGAGGCAAAUCAUUGAGAGCUUUCUGAGGGUGUGUGCGACAUAGUUUCGCGGUUUU